AUGUAUGCAGGAGGUGGAGCAAACGAAAGUGACCAUCAUGGUGCUGGUAAUGUGCCCUUUUCGAGUGCUACAACAGAGAAAAACGACCUGGAUGCACUAGUGUUUGAGUUUGGCACAUCAAAAUGUAAAUUUGGCUACGCUGGUGAGGACUUUCCGCGUGUUUACGAGCGUCCUAUACCAUUUGAGGACGGGCAGGACGAUCAUGAUUCAGGCCGACGACUGAGUUACAGAUCGGCGCAGAUCGAGCGUGACCCAGAAAAAUUAGCCCAAUGGCUUUUUGACGCCAGCUGUUCUAGACUCCAGACGAAGCUCAGUGAACAUCCGCUCUUAUUGGUAGAACGACCAUUUCCUUUGCCAGAAGAUGUGACAGACGAUAUAGGACAGGAUCAGGAUAAGCAGGACGUCUCAGCCAUGACUAAGUCCGAGACCAAGAUACUCCAGGUCAGUAGCAAUAGCAAGAAAAGGGACCUGAAAGCCCGAGAACAGAUGGUGGAAGUAAUUAUGGAAGAACUUGGGGUCCCUGCACUAUUUGGUUCAAAAAGUGCCGUCCUAGCUUGUUAUGCGAAUGCUAGGACCAGUGGCCUCGUAGUGGAAAUGGGAGCAACGUAUACUAGCGUCACGUCGGUUCAUGAAGGUUAUGCAUUUGCAUACCCUAAGAGUCAGGUGGUAUCGUUUGGUGGUCAUGAUUUGGAUGCCUUUUUGAGACUCAAGUUAGCACCGCAAAUUGUUCAGAGUUUAGAGCAAAGAGCAGUAACAACAUCCAUGGAGAUGGAAAUUGCCAAGAGGAAGAAGCAAGCGUGGUCCUAUGUUGUAGAAGCCAAGGAAAGUGGACUGUGUCGUGCAGCUGACGGACCGUUUGACGAAGCGCAGAAUGCGCAAUUACCACUUAUUAGUUAUGAAUUGCCUGAUAAGACCAUUGUAUCGAUGGGUACUGAGCGGUUUAGUGUGGCAGAGCAUUAUUUUCUACAAGAAGUAGGGCCAAGUUCUGCAAACAACGUGACAUCCAGUAUUGAUACAAGAAGCUCCACAGUUAAUGCUCCCGGUAUGCGACUCCCAGAGUUGAUCUGUGAAACAGGAGGAGUUACGACAGAGACUGAUUUACGUAAAGAACUUUUUCAGAACAUUGUGCUGACGGGGGGCAGCUCGUGUUUUGAGAACAUGCCAACCCGAAUUGAACGUGAAGUGGUGACGAGAUUGAGCGGUAUGCCGUUGUCCCUGACAGGGCCUGGAAACAACGGUGCGUCGGGCGGGUUUCCUAACAGUUUGCGCGUGAAGGUAGUUGCGGCGCACCAGCAGGAGCGUCGCGUUGGUGCUUUCCUUGGUGGUUCAAUUCUAGCGUCAUUGGGGUCAUUUCAUGAAAUGUGGAUGUCCAAGGCCGAAUACGCGGAGCACGGUGCCUCACUCAUGCACAAGAAAUGUCCAUAA